AUGGAUAUAGAUAACACGGGGCAUGAACGACAGAAACCGCAAUCCAAGAAAAACAAGCCGAAGCUUGCAACCGAUGAAGAGAAUUUCAUCGUAAGAAAUGUCGAAAGAUACAUCAACCACGGGUUUCCCAUGAAAAAAGAGGCACAAGUUGUUGAAAUUGCACUUCUAUCUUUGAAGGAACUCGCCAAAAGGAACAACGAGAAAUUUCCUAAGACAGUCACCACAAAUUGGGUACAAAGAUUCCUCCAACGCCACCCAGAUUUAGAGAACAAGUUUUUGGAAUCUCGGGAUCAGCACAGGGCAACCAGUCUUUCUAGUUUCAGACCAGAUUCUGAUACAGUGCUUGGAUUUCUUGACGUGAUUGAUAACGCGAGGGAGAAUUAUCCAUUUUCUAAUGAAAAUGUGUAUACACUUGGUGAACUUGGGUUUAUCCCUUUAAUAAGAUCCGAGGGACAGUCUUUAACAAUUUCGAGGCCAGACGGAGCUGUACGUUCAGACAGAGAAACUCGAGACUUUCACUCCGUGGUACAUUGCCUGACAUACGAAGGCAAAUUUCUCGAACCUCUCAUUAUUACAAAAGGGUACCAGAAGGUGUCCAAAAAGUAUUUGCAAGGAGCUCAUGUGGUUUUAAAUCACAAAAAGGGAUGGGCAGAUGAGAUUCAUCUUCUAGAAUGGGUCAAAAGAAUUUUUGAUCCAUCGACAAGAGGAAAAGUCGAACUCGACGAUGAGCAUCCUUGGCGUGUGUUGUUCGUUGAUGGCCACCAUCUUGAUAGCUACACCGAAAUGGAAAUGCUUUGCUUCUCCAUGAAAAUUCUCUGUCUAUCUUUCCCGCGAAAGUCGGCCCGGAUUAUAAGCCCCCUAUAUAGCACUGUCCUUGAUGCUGUCGGUAAAUCCUGGGCAGAUGAAUUCAGAAGACAAUUCAGAAUCCGCAAAGAAACUCAUGUUCAGCUGAACAUGAAAGAAUUCUUGAGUUCAAUUCAGGAAGAGCUGUCUUCGGAUCGAGAAACGGAAUAUCGUGGCGCUUGGACAAAAAGCUGUGUUGUUCCGCCAAAUAGGAGGGCUCUUCACCGGUUACUACGGGGUACUCAGAUACCAGAUACCCCGUCUCAUAACGCCACCCGGGGGUCAAGGACCUUAGCUUCACCUGCGAGGACCGAAACACCCUCACCUCCGGACACACAGUUAUCUACUCCGGAUUUCGAGCCUUCCCCGAAUAUACAUUCACCCGAAUACUCCCCACAGCCCACCAUACUACCAAUUGAGGAAGCCUUUUUCCGAUCAAGCUCCGCAUCUGGGACAGCCGGAAAACGGGACAGGGCUCCAGAAUAUGGGGAUGAGCCCCCGUCUAAGCGAAAAUUCUUGAAUGAUCUGAACUCAUUUGAAGAUGCAACAUCACCAAGAGACAGACAAAGAUACCGUGAAGAGGUGAUCACGGGGUUUAUGAGCUAUCUUGCCCAGACUGAAUCCUUGAAGCACACCUUGGAUCUGAUGAUUCGCUCAGCUACUACACCAUCAAAAGCCCCGGUUAAAUAA